CUGAAACAGAUGUUGGCCUGUCCUCCUCGCCGUUCUUUUGAUAUUCCCCGAGUCUCCCUUCUGUCCUUCGUUUACAUACUACUAUUAUUCACUUCAUAUAUCUGAACCGUCAAUCGUUGCCGUUCUCCGCUGUUCAGUCGCCAUUCGUUACUUCCCCGCGUCAUCGCCUCUCAGCAGGUCAUAUCAGGCUGCCGUACAACGACUCGCGCUUACAUGCAUACAUACCACACGACAUAACAACGCCUUUUUCUUCUAAACGGGUCUGCGUACGAAGCGCCACUUUGGGCGUCUAUCAGUUUCUACUUCUGAGCAUCAAACCCAUGUUACAAGUUUCGUUUACUGAGUGAUCGACGGAUACUACCGUGAUGGCUCCGACCACAUACGAGCCAGAGUUCCAAAAGUUUGCCUCUCCUGCCUCCAACUCUCCUAUCUCCGGAAGCGGAACGCCCGUCUCGUUCAGGGCCAACGUUAAUCGGACGAAGACAAAACGAUGGGUGGAAGCUAAGCAAGUUUCUUAUGAUGGAGACGACUGGGGAGAUGACGAUGAGGAUGAUUAUGAAGAAGAGUCCCCACCAGUGCCACCAACGCACUUCUCGCAGAGGUCUGGCAACACAGCCGGUCUGCCCAGGCCGGGUUUCCCUGCAAUGGAUCGCUCGAGAUCGAUGGAUCACGUCCUGGCAGUUGAUUCGGAUGGAGCGAGUGGAAGCCGUAGCCGUUCCGUGGAGGCUGCGGCUGCUGGUCAGCCCACAGACAGCAGACCUGCUCCUUUUGUACGUCCGGCCGAUAUCUAUAAACGACUGCGGGAGGAUAGAGCAAGAGAUGGUAUGCCUGUUGCAACCCGUUCAAAUACGGCACCCAUCGGGUCGUUUCCGACAGUUGCUGCGCAGGGGCAAGAAACGAAGGAUAAGGAAACCUCAAAUGUUGCUAGGAAGAAUUCUCAGGAUGUCCCGAUUAUUGGACUCCCAGACGUCAAGAGGUUGUCUGGGCUUAAUACGGACUUCUCGAGCGGGUCUGAGAACAACAAUAGUAAUACACGGGAAAUCCAGAGUGGAGAACCCCAGCAACACCAGUUACAGCACAAUCCGUCCCUUGGCUUCCGGUCGGCUGUGAACCAAGCAUUUGACGUUCCUGAAACGCCUAGCUCCACCGAUGACAGUGUAGCGCGGUCAAACAGUGCGAGUACGUCGGCGAUCAGUCCCAUAAUUCCCAGCCGCGGUCUGAACGACGAGAAGACUCCUACUAUUGUUGAAGAGCCGGGUGAGAUGACCCCGAAGGAUACUUCCGACCGAAACCCUAUAUUUAAACCAGGCCAUCGUCGGGAUUUGAGUGUUCCCAGUCCAGAUAAUAGUCCUUCAAGGAAACCCAAAAUUAUGGAUAACGACCGGAUUCCACAGUCGGCCAUGGCGCAACUUUCUUAUACGACGCCAUCAGAAUCGCUCGAGGAUCAAACUUUACCAUCCUUGCGGCAGCCUAAAAGGACGUCUGUACAGCUCCCUGCCACGUCUGGAAAAGAUCUGCCGCCUCCGUUGCGCGUCAGCAGCAACCAGUCGAAUGUGCCUGCUGCCUCGAACAACUCCGACCCUCCCACCGUCAUUGUUCCCUCAAUAAGUACCGACAAUUCGCCACAGGAUACAGAAAGUGAUCGGUUGAGGAAAGAAAUCAUCCGUUCCCUUAGCCGUGAGAACACACCGUCAGACGAGCCGGAGCUAGGGUCUCGACCACAGACUCGUGGUGGAGACAGCCUCGUUCCGAGCGAAUACGAGAGAUAUUGGAACGAGGAAGCGAAUCGCAGUCCGCAAGAGCAGCCGAACCCUCUACCUGACUACAACUCUCCUAGUACAGCCUCUCCAGGUGUUGGUUCCAACGACACCCCCGUCGGUCCGGCGCUUGCUCCAUGGCAGGAAGGAUCUAAGCCAAAGUUGAAAAAGAAGUUCUCUUGGGAGUCUUCUGAAGAGGAGGAGGCUGAAGUUGCGGCGGAUUCUCGUGACCAGACAAUACAGGAUCCCCCAAUUCCUGGACAGCUUCCACCAGAGCCUGAUUCGCCACCGAUGAUAACACAGGGGCCUAACCGCCAGUCUUUGACUGAAAAGCCCAAGUUGAGCAUCAUCCCUCCAUCUGCGGGGGAUGAAAACAGUAUCAUCUCUGGUCAGUAUCUCCCUGAAGUUGUUCCUGAGCCUAUGGAGCCGGAUGUUGCACCGGAGAAUGAGGCAACUCAUCCCCCAGUACCAGCUUCUGCGGCGCAGAACACUAUGCCUCCUGUUCCUCCAACUGUUUUGGGAUUCCGUGACAUUCUCGGUAUCAAGUCAUCUGACGAAAGGGUGCGACAAUUCGAACGAACUCGGGCUCAGUUUGGAGCAAUUGACACGGGCUUGAACCAGUGGAUCCAAGUGACCAUUCAAGCUCACCCUGAACAUUCAGAUAUUGUCGGACAGGAUCUAAAACUGUCGGCUGGUGCACAAAAACAGCUGGGCAGAAAAUUCCCCAAGCUACCAUCACUGGGCAAACUCCCCCACGUCGAAGGCGCCCCUGCAGGUGCCGGGCAUGCCCGACGGCCAUCUGCUCCUCUUGGUGCAAUGAUGAACAAGCAGCAGGUGGAACAACGUGGGAAGGAUUUGUUGCAUACUGCUGGCUUUUUGGGUGGUCAAGCGGGUAAAGCUGCCAAGGGGUUCUUUAACCGAGGACGGAGCAAAUUCAAGGGCAAUGAAAAGGUAGAUGCUUAAUUUCUUUGGGUUAAUAUGGAUGACCGGCCAUUGUCUUGGUUUAUUGAUUUUAAUCAUGUCUUUUUUCUUUUUUGUUCUACUUUCUUGGGCUGUGUAUUUCAUUUGAUACCAUGGAUAUAACGGGAUGUCAUUUUGAAUAUGACACGAUUGACGCUUGUGUUUUCGUCUUUUUCUUUUUUUGGUUUGCAUUGCUUUCUUCUUUCUGGGUCAUGUCAUCUAAUCGGUAAUACAAUUGUAUGCAGGGUUCUCAAUCGAUGCGUGCCAAAAUCUCCAGAAUAUCUGGCAAAAUGUCCGACAUAGGCUUAAGCAGGUCUGGUGAUAA